CGGUUUUGUGUCGUUCUAUCUAACAGCAACUCUACUCUCGACAAUUUUUCUUGUUUUCGCUGGUCGUGUGCUUAAAUUAAUUUUAUAAUUAAUUUUAUCUGUUUAACUAAAAGAAAAGAACCGUUUUCUGUUUUUAAAUAAUCCAUUUUUUCUUUUUAAUAAAAUCAAUAUUUGUAUUUAUAAAGUAUUUUGAUUUUACCGUCACACUAAAAACUAAUAAAAAGAAAACGACCGAAAGAACAAGGAUCGAUCCUCUCAUUGAAACAAAAACUAAAAACCAAGAGAAGAUAAUUUUUGUUCGUCAUUAUUAAUUUGCAAAAAGGAAGGCUGCCGCUUUUGGGAAAAUGGCCUCGUCCAGAAUUGAUGAUAAAGCUAGUGAUAUUCCUGAUAGACUCUACGAUGCUGGCACAAAUCGCACUUAUAAAAGAAUGCGAUUUUUUGGCAAGGGUGGUUUUGCAAAAUGUUACGAGAUCAUCGACGUCGAGACGAACAACGUCUAUGCUGGAAAAAUCGUAUCCAAAAAACUAAUGAUGAAGCACAAUCAAAAAGAGAAAAUGACUCAAGAAAUUUCCAUUCACAAAUCAUUAAAUCAUAAAAAUGUAGUUAAAUUUCAUGGAUUCUUUGAUGACAGUUUAAAUGUUUAUAUAGUUUUGGAAUUGUGCAAGAAAAGAUCAAUGAUGGAACUGCAUAAACGACGAAAAGUCAUAACAGAUUACGAAUGUCGCUAUUAUAUAUAUCAAAUAAUCGAAGGAGUCAAAUACCUCCACGAUAAUAGAAUUAUUCAUCGUGAUUUGAAGUUAGGUAAUUUGUUUCUCAACGAUCAACUUCAUGUGAAGAUUGGUGAUUUUGGUUUGGCCACACGAAUUGAAUUUGAGGGCGAACGCAAGAAGACCCUUUGUGGUACGCCGAACUAUAUAGCCCCUGAGAUUCUCACAAAGAAAGGACAUUCAUUUGAAGUGGAUAUUUGGUCGAUUGGUUGUGUUAUGUAUACAUUGCUUGUGGGUCAGCCCCCGUUCGAGACAAAGACCCUCAAGGAUACUUAUACUAAAAUUAAGAAAUGUGAAUAUAGAGUUCCAAAUUUUAUGCGCAAAAGUGCAGCAACUAUGGUCAUUGCAAUGUUACAAUCAAAUCCCGAUAAACGUCCCACAAUUCGUGAAUUGCUUAAUUUUGAAUUCAUCAAUGCGAGUGAGGUGCCAUCUAGUUUGCCCAGCUCUUGUUUGACAAUGGCACCGCGAUUAGGAUUGAAUGAAACAAUGGAGGCAGAAAGUGAGCUCAGGCGUAAACCACUUAUUGAAACAAAUGGAAUGAGAGACGAUACAAGACUAGAGUCGACGUUCCUUAAAAAUAACUUACACGAUGCCAUCACUGCUUCGGCGCAGAUUGGUAACUUAAAUGAAGAUUACCGCGCCGACAUUCAGAGUCUCCACGAACAAUUAACAACAUUGAUUAACAGCAAGCCCCGAAUGAUGCCAAAUAAUUUGGGUGAUGAGAACACAGAUCCAGCUGCCCAGCCUCUAUUUUGGAUCUCGAAAUGGGUUGAUUACAGUGACAAAUACGGCUUUGGAUAUCAGCUAUGCGAUGAAGGCAUGGGUGUGAUGUUCAACGACACAACAAAAUUAAUUAUGCUGCCGAAUGGACUUAACGUGCAUUUCAUCGAUAAAGAUGGCAAAGAAACGUACAUGACCACAGCCGAAUACCCCAAGCAACUGGACAAAAAAAUGAAACUACUUUCAUACUUCAAACGUUACAUGACCGAACAUUUAGUCAAGGCUGGCGCCAACAAUGUUAUGUUCGAAAACGAUCAAAUCUCAAGAUUGCCCCAUUUGCACUCGUGGUUUAGGACAACGUGUGCGGUUGUAAUGCAUCUAACAAAUGGAUCUCUGCAGCUAAAUUUCUCCGAUCACAUGAAAUUGAUCAUCUGCCCUCGUAUGAGCGCCGUUACCUACAUGGACAGCGAAAAGAACUUCAGAACCUACCGAUUUGCCACCAUCACAACGCAUGGUUGCUCAAAGGACCUUUACCAGAAGCUGCGUUAUGCCCACGAAAAACUCCGGAAAAUGUUGGAAAAGAUGUUCUGAAGAAGAGAAAAGACACAAUCGAAAUAAUUCUUCACAAAACGAUUUAUAAUUUAUUGUGUGUUUAAUUUAAAUAUUAUUAUAAAAAUAAGAUGAAGUUGGAGGCAAAAUAAAAGGAAGAAAGAAAAGUAGAGAGGAGGGGCAACAAGCGAAAGAAGAACAAACAAACGAGCGAGCAUACCAGCGAAACAUAUUUUUCAUCAUUAUCACAAUACAUUCUUUUUUGUUUAUUUUUGUUGCUGUUUUGCGUUUUAAAAUAUUAUUAUUUUUUUUAAUCAUUUAACAUCGAACAUCAAAAAAGAGGAAAUAAAAUAAUUUCCAUUUUAUUUUUGAUAAAUUAGAAUUUACAUACAUAUACCUACAUUUAUACGCAUUGUUAAAUAAGUACACGUUUCAUGUUAAAACAAACCGAUAUCAAAAAUACAAAAAAAAAACAGUGUUAAUAUGACUGAGAUUAAUUUUAAGGAACACAAUGCAAGGAAAUUAAAAUUUAGUCCCAGACAAAGUAUUUUAAAAGGAAGAUUUUUAUUUGUUUUACUCACAUCUCCCACAAAAUUACUUUUUAAAAACACAAAAUCACAAAAAUAGCAUAAAAUAGUGCGGGCGCAAAUUACAAAGUAGUUGGUAAAUUUCAAAUAAAUAUUUCUAAAUUCUUUUUAUUUUUUUAAUCAAAGAAUUCAGUGUGUUUAGUUUUUUUUUUUUUUGUAAUUUUGUUUUAAUAUUUUUCCCCUUUUUUUGUUUUUAUAUAAAAUAUUUAGUUUCCUUAUUUUGUUUUAUAUUUUAUUUCCUUGUAUUUGUGUGGGUUAGUCUCGAUUAAAUAAAUUUUUAAAAAAAUAUCA